AGACUGGUUAUGAGACUAGUCAAAUCCAGUGAGUAUUGUUUAUAAGCUUGCAGCGCUGCUCAUCGGUAGUCAUAUGUUCUGUGUACAAACGAGGGAACGCACGAGAGACCUGCAGCGUCGACGACCUAGCUCAAUACUUUCAUCGGUGAGGCAUAUCUCCUCGUGAAUUUAGAUUGCUCUUCUCUCUCAUUAGUCGAGAAGUGAGGUUCUUAAAUGGAGCGAGGGAUCCCAGCGCUCUUCUCUUGAUAAAAGCUUAGGAAUGUCAUCUGGAUUUUCAUUCUUCACAAAUUGGCCACAAAGCGAGCUCUUAUUUUGAUGACUGAAUUAACUUUUCGCUUUUUACUUGCAAGUGGAAAACGGCCGUGUCUUGAUUAUAGCUGAGUACAGAGGAGGAUAAGCUACUUAUCUUUCCAUUUCUACACGAAAUUUCACAUAGAGAAUAAAUUGGAACUUUAUCUUGCGUUUCUAUUUUGUCUCAUAAGUGACGCGUCUAGUAACUAGUGCGGAUUUGACUGAAUACAUCUUUUCAUUGAUAUAAAGUGAACAAAAGAUAUGAGCAAUAUCAUUUUCAUCUCAUAGAAGCAAUACUCUAAUGUCGAUGAAUGUUCUCUGACUUUUAAAGCAAUAUAUUGUUGAAACUGUUGCAAUAAGAGCUGAAUAAUGCUCAAUUAGAAGCUCUUGGUUGAUAUUCCUGGUGACAUUUGAAGAAACAAAGUUGGAUCAGAUUAGUGCAAUACAAAAUACAGUCAUGCGUGGACAAAUAUUAUUGAAGCCGCCUGAAAUAGCGCUGAACGGCGUGCGACAGACCGCCAUGGACAGCGACUGGAAUGAGAUCAAACACAGAUACCAUCUGAAGGAGACCAUCGGGUCAGGUGGUUUUGCGAAGGUGAAGCUGGCCACUCAUCUUCUAAGUGGGCAGAAGGUAGCCAUCAAGAUCAUGGACAAACAUGCCUUAGGGGAUGACCUGCCCAGAGUUAAGACAGAAAUCAAAGCCAUGAAGGAGCUAGUUCAUCAGCAUAUCUGUACACUCUAUGAGGUUGUAGAAACAAAGAACAAGAUCUUCAUGGUCAUAGAGUUCUGUCCUGGUGGAGAGCUCUUUGAUUACAUUGUGGCUAAGGAUCGUCUCAAGGAGGCUGAAGCCAGAGGAUUCUUCCGUCAAAUCAUCGCAGCUGUGGCCUUCAUCCACAACGAAGGGUACGCACACAGGGACUUAAAACCGGAAAAUCUACUAUUAGAUGAAGAUCAGAGCUUAAAAUUGAUUGACUUUGGCCUGGCUGCUAAACCAAAGGGUGGUAUGAAGGAUCAUUUAGAGACGUGUUGCGGGAGUCCAGCCUAUGCAGCCCCUGAGCUGGUGUCUGGAAAGGAAUACAUCGGUUCGGAGGCCGAUAUAUGGAGCAUGGGUGUGUUACUCUAUGCACUACUCUGCGGUUUUCUUCCAUUCGAUGAUGACAAUGUCUCCCUCCUCUACCGCAAAAUCCUUUCUGGUGUCUAUGAAGAACCUCCGUGGCUUUCAGUUGAAACCAAAGAACUCCUCAGACAUAUGCUACAGGUCAAUCCAACAAAGAGAAUAAAGAUGAAAGAGCUGAUUAUCCAUCCAUGGGUCGUCCAAGCAUUCGGUUCACCUGUAGACUGGGAGAGCAAAUGUGAGAAAAAUCAGCUCAAUUUGGACUGCAUAACAGAAAUGGCAAUGCAUUAUGGGAAGUCGAAGAAGGACAUAACUUCAACAUUAAAACAGUGGAAGUAUGAUCACAUGACAGCCACAUAUUUCAUCCUACUAGCAGCCAAAUAUCGAGGUAAAACGGUCAGACUACCCAUGGCCAAUAGACCACUCACAGAGAAGAACCAAACCGACAGUGCAAUGCGAUUCCACCACCACCACCAUCAACAUCAUAAUCCUCACAACCACCAUGAUAACCUGGAGCCUCCUACCAGCUCACCAUACAUGUUCAGUUCAAUGGAAGAUGGUUUAGAAGAUGAAGAAUCCUACAUCAUCACGUCAUCUCCUCACCGACGGACCGCUUCAGAGCGACGUCACUCAGGUGACCGUAGGAGACCACGCAGCUCUCAGAACCCUCGUGAUCGACCGGUCAGUACCAAUCUGGACGGGACGUACGUGAAGCCAGGAGACCUCCUCGGGGAGGACACGUACAUGGUCCAUACGCCGCUGGUAUCGGGGAAAGAGAACCAUAGAGACAAUGAAGGGUUUGUGAAACCUGUUGGUUUACCCUUAAAGACUCCCGUUAGGAGACGCAGUAAGAGUGAUGCCAAGGAGAAGGCAUCGCAGAAAGCCAGAGGUGCCGCCUUGAAACAACCUGUGGUUCCAACGCUAUCGCUACCUCCAGUGGUUACCCCCUCAAGGUCAAUGGAUGGUGACCUCAACAGGCUGUCCGUCAACUCUGCUCGUAGCACCGGUGCCUUCGAUAUCCAAAAAGCUGUUUCCAUGGAGGAUUCUUUAGACCGAGUGAUGAUGGAGGAUGGGGACAUAAAGAGACACGGUAUAAGUGGUUCAGCUAAGAAGAUCUUUGGUAGUUUUGAAAAGGGAAUAGAUAAGAUGAUAGACCUACUUUCACCAAGGAGAAGAUCUACUGCUGGCAUAGAUGAACCAAGAAAAGUCAAGGCUCUGUACAAUGUUUCAACGACCUCCACCCUUCCAGCCGAUAUAGUGGUAGAGAGAUUAAAAGAAGGCCUCAUGUAUAGCGAUAUAGACUCCUAUAAACAAAAAGGGUACACUCUGAGAUGCAAGAAGCAAGAUUCCAAGGGAAAGACAGUCCUCUCCUUUGACAUGGAGGUCUGUAGAUUGCCUCAGAUGGAAAUGGUUGGCAUCAGAAGGAAACGUCUUAAGGGCGAUACCUGGGAGUAUAAACGCAUGUGUCAAACCAUCCUGGAACACUCUAGACUGUAGCGCCCUCUAUAGAUUGCCUCGGAUGGAAAUGGUUGGCAUCAGAAGGAAACGUCUCAAGGGUGAUACCUGGGAGUAUAAACGCAUGUGUCAAACCAUCCUGGAACACUCUAGACUGUAGCGCCCUCUAUAGGUUGCCUCAGAUGGAAAUGGUUAGCAUCAGAAGGAAACGUCUCAAGGGGGAUACCUGGGAAUAUAAACGCAUGUGUCAAACCAUCCUGGAACACUCUAGACUGUAGCGCCCUCUAUAGGUUGCCUCAGAUGGAAAUGGUUGGCAUCAGAAGAAAACGUCUCAAGGGUGAUACCUGGGAGUAUAAACGCAUGUGUCAGACAAUCCUGGAACACUCUAGACUCUAGUCUAGCGCCCUCUGGAGGCCGCCCUUCAAAUCAAGAAGACCUGUGUUGUUCAUUCAUGGCCUAUCACCACUAAACUAAGAUUGCAUCUCUUUGGCUUUUGUUUAAGAAAGACAUGUUUCCAGAAAAUAAAUUCUUGGCACUUCAUAUGCCGAUAGUUUGCAAACGGUUAAUACUGACAUACCGGUACACAAUGUCUUAUAAGAGUCAGAAGGAAAAUUGUAUAUGAAGAGAUAUAAGUUUGGCUCUUAAACGACGGUGCAGAAUUCAUUUGACUGAUUGUAGUCAGACCUGGUCCUGGUUUAAUGGUGAUAGGUCCUGAUGGGUAGCUAUUUUAAUCAUGACUGUCACAUGUUAUAAAUCAUUAAGUGCCAAUGUCAGAAAUUCUAGUUUGUAGUCGAUGACAUCUCACUGCAAAUGAUAUAUAUUUCUGAUGACGAACUUUGCUCUUUGCAUCAGAUAUUCUUUGUUUUUAUCUAUUUUUAUGGUGAGAUUCUACGAAAGAGGGAUGUUAUGAUCAGCUGCUAAGUGGCGAGGUUGUUUUUUUCCAAAUUGGAAAUGUGAUGGAAUCUGUGAAGAAGAGGUGUUGACUAGCGAUGUCAAUGAAUUCUUGGAGAAUGUGUUGUUAUUUGAGUAAACCCCAUCGGAUGUUGAAAUGGUUGCAAAUAAUACACCCCACCUACUUCUGCAACACUAUCCUAGUUGAUUAUGCAAAACAGUAUGUUUUUGGGGAGAAAAAAGGUUUUUUGAUGGUGAUCAUGUGGUACAUAAUGUUGUUAUAGAAUUGAGGUACAGAUAGGAAUUCUUUAGCCUGUGAAAAGAUAAAUGGCCCCAAUUGCUACAGACCGCAACAUAAGAAAGAAGAACCACAAAAAGAGGAGACUUUUUCUCAUUUAAGAAAUAAACAUUCUUCAUGAUGGUAUUUUUGUAUAAAACUUCCAAAUGUGAUAUGUCCAGCAUGUACAAUGCACAAUUUAUAGUGUGAUUCAUAUAGGGUUGGUAUUGGCUAUUAAAAUGAGAAUGAUCUUGUUUUGUUUAGAGGGAUAUUUUCAUUUUUUUAGAAAGACCAAAAUGAAUUAAAUCAUCAGUUUUAUAAUCAUGAAGCUUUAGCUUUCAAAAUGUAUGGUUAGCUACGAGAUCAACUUGCAUUUUAAACAAAUAUUUUCAUGAGAAAGAUUUAACCUGGGAAAUGCUAUUGUUUAUAUAUUAGUUGAUAUCAAGAGUAUAACUAUUGCUAUGGAAACAUACAUGUAGAUGGAAUGUUUUGAGAAACACACCGUCUGAAAAAGCUGUUCUUAUUUAAGCGCCCUGUAUGGACUAAGGUGUGUGGAAUAGGGUAUCCUACUAUUCAUUUAAAACUUUGUUUGUAAAAACAUGAUAAACUAUUGUGGGAGAAAAAGAAGAAAUCAUGUGAGAGAGAAAAAGAGAUACAAAGAGACAGACAGACAGAAAGAGAAUGAUAGAGUAUUAGGGGAGGGAGAGGUAGAGAGAGAGAGAGCAAGAAGAUGAGAGAAUCUUUGUAGUUGCAAUAACUAAGCAGGCCUUUUAUAAUACACUGAUUUCAGGAAGGCAAUUUUUUUAAUUUAUCAAAGAACAGACAUUUAUAUUUCAAUUUAAAUUAUCAUUUGAUGAAAUGUUUUUAUCAUGCUUGGGUGAUUGUAUGUAUAUUUGACCUUAUUGGGUAGUUUUACUUCAUUUGCAUAUACAUUUGUGUACAGUUUUAAUACUUGUAAAUGUGAUGAUGAUGAUGAUGAUGAUGAUGAUGAUGAUGUCAAUAAUGUUCUGUAUUCAGAAACAGACAUCUUGUUUUUUAUAUGAAGCAGGGGUGUGCAAAACAAUUUUUAGAGGAGGAGGAGGAGGGAGAAGAUUGUAAGAACAAUUAUUAAUUUAUUCUUCUUAUUAUGCGGCUGCAAGGGGACCAAGGCCCAAAGGUCUAGAUUUAUUUGUGGUGCAAUGCCUAGAAUUUAAUCUGAACAUGUUUGGGUUGCACUGAAAAUUAGCACAUACACACACCAGGGGGGCGUUUCACAAAACUUGUCAUCAGUGACAAAUGACAUUUUUUGUUAUAAGCUACUAUAAUCCUUGAUUCUGAGUGGUUAUCAGCAGAUUUGUCACUGAUUUUUGUCAUUUGUCAUUAAAAAAAGGCUUUGUGAAACGGGUCCCAGUAUAGCACACACAGACUUACUAGAACACCUGACUAUUAGUAUCGUACACACUCCUCUCUUUCUCUACUAGGGCAAAAGCAAUAUUCUUCAUUCAGUUGAAAAUCAAACUUUAUUUCUGUAUUUUUCAUCAGUAUAAAGAUUAAACAAACUGUAGUUGGUACAUGCAAGUUUUUUUUAAAUAUAUAUAUAUAUAUAUAUAUAUAUAUAUAUGAUUUUAAUGUUCAAUGUGUAGGUGAUAUUUGGUGAAUACACACAAAUUAAUUUGAUUGUUAUCUAUUUUAAUCUGCAUAAUAUUGAAUCUUGACUCAAAUAUGAUCAGAUUUAAAGGCAUGGGUCUGGCCAAACAUAGGAGCACAGGAGCCAAAAUGUGUAUAAUAACAACAGGAAAUCAAUUCAAAGUCUCUAGACGACCUUUCUUUUUUCUUUUUUGUAUACUUUUUUAUAUAAGCAUAAUCAUUUAUGUAUAUGAAGCUUUUUACUGUUGAUAUUUUCCUUUUUACUCAAAUCAUUUUUUAAAGAAAGUAAUAGUCUAAUUCAGUUUGUAAUUCAUUCCAGUUCCAGUGAAUUAUUAAGAAACAUUUGGGUCAGCAUUCAAUCUUCUUGAGGAAACGGAGAUUUCAUCCUGACUAGCCCUAUUAUGUGGAUAUUUGAAGAUAAAAGUAACAUUUUAACAAUUUCAAUAUUUUUGUGAGCUGCUGCAUUAAAGAUCCAGAUAUUGCAUCCCCCCCCCCCCAUUUCGUCAAAAAAAUAAAAGAAUGAUUAUAAUAGGUAAUAACAAUGAUAAUAAUAAAGGGAAAUCUUGUUUAGAGAGCUGUCAAGCCAAAAGUAUUGCCAUUUAGUGGAUCUAUGAAUCGUGGGUAUUUUGAAUAAGAAUCGAACAGAAUAAUAUUAUUUUGAUACACUCUUAUUCAUUUCUCCAUAAUUAUGUAAUAUUUAUUACUCUUAUUGCCAGUAAAUGCCUUGAAUUAUCUUUGAA